AUGCCAGCGGCUUCCUUAUUGACGCGUCUACGAAGAAAAUCUGGAAAUCAGGUAAAAAUAGAUACUCUCUUUUCCAAAAGAAAAGGUCCCUCUGGUUCCGUUAGCAAAAAGAACGAACCUCCUGCGGUCCCAAGUCGGCAAGCCCCAUUGAAGGUUUUUUCGUUUCAGAUUCCUCCUAUUCUUUUAAUAAGUGAUUCAUCAGUAUGUAAUUGUAUUGCCGAAUUGGUUCAACGCAUGUUCGAAGACGCUAGUCUCACUCGAGAAAGCCAAUUGAUGAUUUCAAACUGUCCAAGGGUGAUUGUAGAAACACAACUUACUGGAUUAUACCAUUCUGAUUUUACUAGCGUAUCAAGAGAACUGGAAGCGGAAAUCCGAAUUGGUAAUGUGCGUCGUUUAUACCUACAUCGUUCCGAUAGUUUCUCAGGCGAAUCUUGCUUGGUAUUACGAUCUGAAUUAAACGAAAUUUACCAGCUCUACUUGAAUAAAUAUGAAGAUAAUAAAGAAUUACAGUCUUUAAUUAAAAAAUUGCAAGAAUUUCUACAAACGCAUGGAUCUACCUCAUACUCAACCGAGGAAUUAAGUUUUUCUUUGCAGGAGAGACGGAUCUUGACGACUGCUGGAUUUCUGACUUUGGAUGGCACCAAUUCAUAUGGUAUAUCCCUGCCGAAUUUAGGUGUAUUUACCCAUAUUUUGCAUAGUAGUCGCAAAGAUCUCAUUCAGUUCUUUAAAAAGAAGCCGUUUUAUGAAUGCAUUGAAGCUUCUUUGUUACAAAGAAACCUCUCUGUGACCGCAAAGAAAAAGCAUGAAACUUUUUUUGGUUGGAAAUUUCGACUUUGCGAUGCCAUUGGUGCUGGGUUGAUUGAUGCUUUUAUGACUUCGUGUGGUAGAGCAUAUCGUCUUACCAGGAGAGGUUUGGAAUACAAAUAG